ACCGCUAAUUCUUAUGUGACUAACAACACUACAAGCCAUUUCCAUUGAUUGAUUUCUACUGACCCAACUAUCAAAUACAUACUUGACCCUGAAUUUUACCCAAUAUCUGGGGGUAACAUCAAGUUGUCACAUUUGGAUAUUAAUACUAAAAUGUUCAUCAUUCAUCAAUCAUUAAAUCCGUUUGUGACCACUUCCAAAAGAACAACUAAACAAAGGGCACUGACAUAAUGCUAACACCUCAUGAAACAUUCACAUAUUGACGAAAGUAAAUGUUACUGCAGCGCCUCAUUGGACUGGCCGGCUACGGCGGCAAUGGCGGCCAAAGCAACAAACAAGUGCAGCCCACGUUUGGUGUUUCUUUUGGGUUGCCCCAGCCUUCCCAUGGUGGUUACCCCAUCAAUCCUUUUAACUCAAAUCCUCUCCAGAACCCUUAUGGUCCAGCUUUAAACAGCGGCGGUCUUAACCUAGGCCUCGUUUCCGUUAAUCCGUUGCUAGCCGUACAAGUUACUAAAAAUGAUUACGGUGAAAAGAUAGUUAAACCCUUUGUAAACUUGCACGUAACACCUAAUGAACAUGUUGUCAAUAAAAUUGGCACGUUGUUCCAUGAGAAAAAACAAUAUUUAUUAAAUAAGCACGAACAUUAUCACCAUUUCAAUCCUCACCAUCAUGAGUAUUAUCACCAUAAACCUGCACUGCACUAUAGUCCCCACAUACCACACGGACCCCAUUACGAACCGCAUGGACCCCACUAUGGACCGCACGGACCUUCUUACGAACCCCAUUUCCCGCGCCCACCACAUAGUACUUUCGGGCCAACCUAUUCUCCCCACUAUGGUUAUGCUGAGGCCGGUUAUUUUAAACAAAAUCAAUUUAAUGCUCCGCCUACAGCGGCAGCUGGUGAUGAUGACUAUUAUGAUGAUGACAAUAUUAAUCAUAAUGAAGGGGCCGACUUCCAUAAUCCCUAUGAUAAUGGAUAUGACAGUUACGGGUUCGGAAGAACCGCCAAUGCUAGUGUUGAUAGAAUGCAAGGAAAAUAUGCAGGCCGCUAUGGAUACUCUCGUUCCCUUUCCCUUCCUAACGGUCCUGGGGCAAACCGGGGAAGCCAAACAGUCAGAUUUCCUGAGAAUAGAAAGAAGAGGGAAGUCACUGUUGAGCAAUCUAAAAGCGAAAGAAUCGAAGAGGUAACCCUUCCUCAUUCCUCCUCCAGUUUAUAAGAACACUGAAUAUUUACAAAUUA